UAUAUUUGGCAGCAGACAAAAUGUCUCUGGUAGUAAAAUUGUAGUAAUACUUAACAAUUAUAUUUUGGCAUAUUUGCCAUUAGUCUUGAUAAUUUAGUUGCUGUCAACCGGGUAAAUAGGUUGGCUCAACAUGACUGAAGAAGGAAGUUUAGUGGUUCCAAUCGUUCUUUGGGGUAAAGUACCACCCACCCACUGUAUAUCAUGCAUGUACUUGUCUCGUGAUCAGAAGACCUUGGUCACGGGAUGUUAUGAUGGUCAUAUUUGUCUAUGGCAAGUUGAUCCUGAGACGCUCAAGAUGACACCUAGAUGUCUUUUGGUCGGACAUACCGGUUCAGUGAUGUGCCUCAGCCGUGCAAGUGACGCCUUGGAGUUGGAUUACAUUGUCAGCUGCAGUGAGAACGGGGAAAUGUGUACCUGGGAUUUAGUAAAUGGAAAUUGCCGCGAAAAUGUUAAAAUUGCCUACGUCCAUACUCAGAUGUUCGCUUACGUUUCAACAGGCAGUGACAAAGUUUCAUUAUUUUGUUCUGGAUAUUAUCCAGAAGUUUUAGUAAUGGACCCAUUCAGUCUGGAAAUAUUAUACACGUUAAGUUCACGUGUAAAUCCAGAUUGGAUUAGCGCAUUACAAGUACUGAGGCCGGCCAAACGGAAAGGUCGGUUCUUAGUACACACAAAUGACGUGGUGCUUGCAAUCACGACAACGGGUACUGUCAAAGUCUGGUCACUUUUUGGAAAAGAGCAACAAGCCAAGGAUCCGAUUUAUGAGAACGAGAGCAAACAGAUCAAGUGUCUGAAUGCUCUUGCAAUGACCUGCUGUGCUUACAAUCAUCGGACAGUUUUGAUUGUCUGUUCUAAUAGUUGGCAGGUCUACGAUGCUGCUGAUUUUUCAUUACUUUGUUCAGUGAAUGCACCUCAGAAGGAACGUUGGGUAGCUGGAGAUUUUUUAUCAACAGAUCAAGUACUAAUUUGGACUGAUGAAGGCCACGGUUACAUCUAUAAAUUACCAUCAAACAAGCUGAAGGGCAAGGCUCUCAGCAGCAGCGUGGCAGAGAAUCACGACUUCCAUACAUCUUCAAUUGAGAGCGAUCAACCUUACAGUUUUUGUAUUCUAUCGUAUCCGGGGGAAAAGCCUCUCUCAUGUCCACCGACAAUGAAAUUAGUAACAGCAACGCGUCAAAAUAAACCAGUUAAAUAUUUAAUACGCGGUGACAGCGAAGGUGUCAUUAUGAUUUGGACAGUACCGGAGAUGACGUCCCAGCAGAUUUCUGAAAUAAAUAAAAGUACCACCGAGCUAGUACUAUCACCGACAAUAAUAACGAGUCUAUCAGCAGCUUGGGAUGCUAUGAAACCACCACCGGUAGGAAUCCUCGAUCAAAUGGACACGGGAGAGACGAUAAAAUUGACAGCCUGUAUAUAUUUACCCCAACAAAGUCGUCUGGUUGUUGGCCGCGAGGACGGCAGUAUAAUUAUAGUACCAGCUACUCAGACAGUAAUGUUACAAUUGCUACAUGGAAACCAUCAGCAUUACGAUGAUUGGCCGCCGCAUCAAGUUCUUAUGGGUCAUUCUGGACGUGUUAAUUGUCUUCUUUAUCCUCACAGUCAUUCCCCGCGCUAUGACCGCACGCAUUUAGUUUCUGGUUCUGUUGAUUUCGCUGUUUGCUUAUGGGAUUUAUAUACCGGGAAUUUGAUUCAUCGUUUUUGUGUCCAUGCUGGAGAAAUUACACAAUUGACAAUAACGCCUGAUAAUUGUAGUCCAAGGAUACAAAAAUGUAUAUGCAGCGUAGCCUCAGAUCACAGCGUAACUCUUUUAUCACUUGCGGAAAGAAAAUGUGUUGUACUUGCGUCGCGUCAUUUAUUCCCGGUCACUACAAUAAAGUGGCGGCCAUUGGACGAUUUUAUGAUAGUCGGCUGCUCUGACGGUGCUGUCUACGUUUGGCAAAUGGAGACAGGACAUCUGGAUCGUGUUUUGCAUGGAAUUAUUGCUGAAGAAGUUUUAUUUGCCUGUAGUGACAACACUAUAAUUACUGGAGACGCAACUGCUGGUGGAGAACUUGGUCUCGCAAAUCCUGCGGUUCAUUUCUUCAGAGGAUUGAGACAUCGAAAUUUGUCGGCUAUUCGACACGCAACUCAACGAGGAUUACAUCAGUUACAGCAGCUUCAUGGCGGGCACGGCGACCAUCAUGACAGUCAACUGAAAACUAAAGACUACCCAUUAAAUAUCGAAGGGUUUAGAGGGAAUCCAAAAGAUCCUGAAGGACAUAUUUUGUUCUUCAAUGUCGAGGCACUGAUAGUGCAAUUAUUGAGUGACGAGUAUGGCUCGAUGUCUCCUGGAUCAUUGGAGGCACAGGGUUUAAUUUCAGCGUCUGAGUAUCAAAAAGUUGCGGCCCUCACACAGUCGGCUAGUCCUGAUGCUCAUAGAAAAAUCGCAGAUUUUUUCGGUCGUGUCAAGGACAAAGCUGGUGACGUCGAAAGAAUUCUAAAGGAGAAAGAUCGUCAUGGUAUAUUGGCUAAAAUGAAGGAAGGAGCUGAAAAUGUACACACUAAAUUACAAGCUAAAGCUGAGAGUGUUGGCCUCAAGCCGUUAAAUCUUGACGGCAAAGGUGAAGGAUGGAGUGGUGGUGAUGGUUCAAGAAAUACAUUGAAACGCAAUGGUAAUUUCAAUGAGCCUAAUUCGACAAUGGAAAUAGCACAAUUACUACUGAGUCUUCUCCAUGCCUGGGGUAUGGACCCAGACCUGGAUCGUGUUUGCGAAAGUAAAUUAGGAUUAUUACGACCUAUGGUGCCGGUUUCAUUUGGUGUCAUAUGUAAAUCAAGCUACAUGACUUUGCUGUUACCAACAUGGCACCUACAGUUGGACCUAAAAAUAGAGCCUACUCAGUUAGAACAACGUCUGCCAAUAGAAUUAGUACGUCAAGAUCGCCUAACAAAAGCAUUCACAGCACGCGCACACUGGGAAUUAUCAACGACUUUGACAUCAAAUCAUUUAUUGACAGUAGUAGCACUAGCGAAUACUCUGAUGUCAAUGAACAAUGCGACAUUUGUACCUGAGCAAGAGCGCAAUCGUAAAAUGCAUAGACCGGGUAAUCGUGCUGGGGUUAAUUGGAACAAAGCUGAGGAAGAAAAUGAAGAAAUGUAUACUGUGCAACAAGCGCAGAUUAAACAAGGCUGGUCAUUACUGGCAACACUUCACUGUGUUUUAUUGCCGGAUAAAGUUGCUGCUUUGGGCGGAGUUAAGACAUUUAAGCGUCCGCUGGUAGAAAUGAUGGCUUGCAGAUGGCAAGAUCAGUGUCUUGAGUUACGUGAAGCUGCUCAAGCUCUUUUGCUGGCUGAGUUGGGGAGACUAGGACCUAAAGGAAGAAAAACUUUGGUCGAUUAUUGGGCACAGUAUUUACCUAAAGAUCCGCCCAAGGAGUCUGCGCCUCAGCAGCAAAAUCACAGUCACAGUCCGUCGUCCUCAAGUCCGAUUCCUAAUGCUGACAAUAAAAUAGAAUCAAAUCAUGAGGUCAAUCAUGCUGAUGAAAUUUGUAACUCACGUAAACCAAAUGAAGCAGAAGUGAGGACUAAAGAGCACACGGCGAUAGUAUUAUUAGGGGUAAUUGGUGCUGAGUUUGGUCAAAAUGUAUCGACCACAACGAGCCAACGUCGAGACAGUGAGCGAAGGAAAAGUUCUGUCGUUGAAGGUUUUGGUAUUGGCAACAAUAAUUUGGCGAGACUUACCAGUAUGUCUUUGAUGCGUUUGCUCUUAGACCCGCACCAGUUUAAGCAGCAGACUCACUCGUCACUCCGUCGGGCGGCUAUUGAUUUGAUCGGCCGCGGGUUCACUGUCUGGGAGCCGUAUCUCGACAUCUCGAAAGUACUUCUUGGUCUUCUGGAAAUGUGCUGCGAUGCAGACAAACUUGUGCCCAGUAUGACUUACGGAUUGCCACUGACUCCACAAGCGGAUACUUGUCGUACUGCUCGACACGCUCUCACGUUAAUUGCUACCGCACGACCCGCGGCAUUCAUUACAACGAUGGCACGUGAAGUCGCGAGAUUCAACGCAAUCCAACAAAAUUCACAGACACUUAAUGUCAAUGUCAAUUCUAAUAUAUUAGCACGUGCUAAGCCUGAAAUUUUACGUAUCGUGGAGCAGUUGAUUGAUAAAAUGCAAAGUGAGAUGAGUGAUCUCUUAGUUGAAGUAAUGGAUAUUAUUCUUCAUUGUCUUGAUCCCGGUCAUUUGAAAACUAAACCUCUUAAUGAUGUUUUCCCAGCAGUGUGCAGAUUUAAUCAGGUCAGUCACUGUUCAGCUACACGUCGAAUAGCAGUCGGUGGUCGGGUAGGUCAAUUAGCACUAUACGAAUUACGUGGCACCGUUAAAUGUCAAACAGUGUCUGCUCAUCAAGCUUCUGUCACAGCUCUGGCGUUUUCGCCAGAGGGAAAAUUUUUAGUCAGUUAUUCCUGCACCGAAAAUAAAUUAUGCUUUUGGCAGCAAACAAGUAGUGGAAUGUUUGGUCUAGGUAAUUCUCAAACACGCUGCGUCAAAUCCUACAGUACAGCACCCAUGAAUGAUGUCACUAGAUUAAAUCCAAUGCGGCUGGCCCGUCUAAUAUGGAUUAAUAAUCGUACUGUUACUUUGAUGCUUGCGGAUGGUUCAGAGACACGCUUUAAUGUUUAAUUAAUAAAUAUAUAUAUAUAAAUAAAUAAAUAUAAUUGAAAUUAUAGAUUUAUUAAAUCGUAAUGAAAAAUCAUUGAAAGUAGAUUAAUUUCACAGAUAUUAAUUGACAUUAUUUUUUAAAUUAUAUAUAUACUAGACUGCGCUAAAUAAAAUCCACAUUUUUUUCUCCCUUACGAGUUACGUUGUAACAUGAAAAAAAUUUUGACACCAAGUUGGGCCUUCCAACUCAAUUACAAAACGCACGCUCAUUUAAAUAAAAUUUCUCAUUUAAAAAUUUUGCGACAAAUUUUUUUUUAACUUAGAAAUUUUAUGAUUUAUGAUAAAUUUCUCGUUUUUGUUUUUUUUUUACUUUUCCAGCAAAACUAUCAGUCAUCAAAACAUGCCAUAUAAUAAUUUUUUUAUCUCACAGUUUACAAAUUAAUUGUUCAGGAAAAAGUUUUAAUUUAUUGAUUUAUUAACGAGUCAUAAAAUUUCAAAAUUAUAAAAACUUUUCCAUGUUUUUUAAAUGUGAAAUCUCAUUUAUGCGAGCGCGCGUUUUGUAACUGAGUUGGAGGGUCCAACUUGGCACCCAAUUUUUUCACGUUACAUUCAAUGUAAUUUUAGCAUAAGGCUGAAGAAAUCAUCGAUUUUAUUUGUCACAGUCUACUGUAUACUAUUUAAUUUUUUCGGUUUAUUAAUAAUUAAUUACAGUAUGAAAUAAUAGUUAGUUUGAAUGCAAAGGCUAUUUAAUAAUUUUUUAAAAUAAAUUUAUAUAUUAAUGCCAAAUACUUUGCGCACGAUAUCGCCCUGAUAUUAUUUUAUUGAUUAUGAGUUAUAUUAUUAUUAUUGAAGAGAAAUUAUAUUGUAUUUUGCGAGUGGAUAUCUUGUAGCGAAUUCAUAAAAUUUUAAUUUAUAUAUCAGAGUAAAUGUGAAUGAUUAAUUAAAUAAUUAAUAGCGUAACUAAAAAUAUAAAAGCGAGUUAAAUCGCAUAAUUAAUUAAAUUAACACUGAAUGAUUUUAUUCAAUAAAAUUUACAGACGACGUCUAUUUUUAAUAAAUAGUCACCUCCAUUAUUUUUCCAUCAAAAAUGAUCUCUUGUCGUCUUAGUUCUUUUACAAAAAAUAUAGAAAAAACACCUCAUUCAUUAAUGAAAUGUAAUUAAUUAACUAUCGGUAUCUGGAAGAAACCCAAUGAUUAAUAAUGUAAAUUUAAUUUAAUUAAUUAAUUAUGAUUAAUGACCGAAUGGUUGGGAGGCUUUAGAUGUUAAUUAAUGUGAUUGAAUUUAUAGUCAAAAUAAUUAGUUGAGUGCGGGUUCAAUUGAUUAAUUAUUUUAUAUUAUUAAUAUUCUGUUUAUGAACACACACUUCAAUGUAAAAUAUUAAAUGAUAAAUAGUAAAGUUGUUAUACAAAUAUGUCAACUAGAAAUAAAUAUCAAGAAAUCUUGAUGGUCGAUCUUGAUAAAUAUAUAUAAAUAUAAAUAUAAAUAAAUAAAUGCUUCAAUAUUUAAGCGAACUAACCAAUCAUGUUAAUUAAUAAAAUAUUGAUUAAUUAAAGAUUAAAAUAUUUAAAUAUGUGUAAGAAUUAUUGUAUGUUGAUUGAAUAUAAUUACAUUUAAAAUAA